ACGCGCAUCCCGCCGCCUUGUGCGAUCUCUCCACUCGUCCACGCGCCUGCAGACACCUGACCACUGCAGGGGACAGAUCGAGCUGAUUAUUUUUCAUAGAAAGCCAUCCUUUUCUCAAUUAUCCCCCCUGUUGAUUCACAGCUGUGCUUUGAGCAGGAUGACAGAUGUGCAGACGUUUGUAUCCGAGGACCAAACAGCGGACGGCGGCCUGCGGCGGGACUUCAGGCGGCUGACUCGGCUGUACUGCAUGAAUGGCGGACAUCACCUCCAGAUCCUUCCUGAUGGGACGGUGCAGGGCCAGAGGGAGGACAGGGACGAUCACAUUGUUUUAAAGCUCACAGCAGUGGACAUCGGCGUAGUAAUCAUCCAAGGAACAGAAGCUGGGCAAUAUUUGGCCAUGAGCGAUGAGGGACGGUUGUACAGUUCAGUCACAGUGACUGAUGAAUGUUACUUCGUGGAGAAGCUGGAGGAGAACCACUACAACACGUAUAGAUCUCAGAAAUAUGUGGAGGAGAACUGGUACGUAGCUCUGAAAAAGAAUGGAAAACCUAAACUGGGUCCGAGGACUCACAUUGGACAGAAGGCCAUCUUCUUUCUGCCCCGACAGCUGAACGAGUGAAGACACGCAGACCUCAACUCACUUGGAAGAGAAACUGAAGAGGACGGGUCUAUUUGUUGGGAACAUGCCAUAGUUUGCUAUUUUAGCUCGUGAACUACUAGGCCAUCACAAAACAUGAGGAAGGUAGGAAAAUAGCUAAUGAUGUGCAUAAUUGUAAAGGCAAAGACCAGCCACUGUUUCGUCCAAAUAUUAGUCCUUAGCCAAAUAAUGCAUCAGUGUCGAAAGACUGUGCAUGUUAUCAUUCUAACAUAGACUAACAAAACAUCCCAUUUUAUUUGGGGGACAGUAUCAUCAACAGACAAACCACAAGUCAGCUGAUGUUCAUGCUGAUGUUUGGACCAAUUCUCUGACUUAGAGGCACUUUAGAAGAUUGUGUGGCACCAGGAGAAAAACACUAGAUCCACUAGAACACUAAUCCAUCCAUCAUCUAUACUGCUUGUCCCGUUCGGGGUUGCUAAGGGGGCUGGAGCCGAUUUCCAUCUGUCAUUGGGCGAGAGGCAGGGUAAACCCCGGACUGUUCGCCAGUCAAUGCCAAGUACAUUAACACAUACAAGGAAUUUUGUCUUGGUGUUUUGGUGCAAAAAAAAAAAAACCCACACGCAAUGAUAUAGUGUUGAUCAUUUUAUUUAAACGAUUAGAAAGUGUCUCCAGCUGUCCUUGAAUUUUGAUUGGAAAGUCACAUCAGAUGUACGAAAGACACAUUCCUAAUGCACAUUUGAGACGACAUACUGUAUGGAGGAUUUGCUUUAUUUUACUGUAACCUACACUAGGGAAAAAUCGUCUGCGACUUGAUUAACACAAUGUAACCCUGUGACGUAUCAUUUUGCCGCCUUGUUUCAAAGUAUAAACUCAAAGUCAUUUCUGGUUUGCCUCGCCUGUAAUCUGCGCACUGCUCUGCCUGGGCCUCGAUGAAGAGUUGUUGUUUCAUUUCACAUUAACUGUUACACUGUGCAGCCACAUGGUGCCACCAAUGUGUACAAUCUGGAGUGACGUUCAUGAAGAGCGUCACUUCAUUGCGACCUUUUUAUUUCAUUUAGUCAUUCAUACCCUUUUCUCUGAAUGCUUCAACUCCCAAACUGCCGUAAAAAAAACAUUUCCCCUGGUGCACAGAAGUCAAUAAUCCAGACGACUCAGAAUUGAGACAUUAAAAGUGACGUUUAUUUAACACUUACCGUUUUCUGUACAGAUUCAUAUCAACAAAACCCAAGGGUUGCAGCUCUACAUGCCAUAGAAAGAAGCACAAUGAGUCUGUAUCAAAGCCAUGGCAGAUGUAUGGAGUUAACUGAUAAGGCUAACUGUUCAGUUUGCAGGGCCAGACUUUAAUCCACACUAAUUCCUUCCAUUGACAACCGAGGUUAAAUUAAAAACUCCAGCUUAUUCCACAAUUUAACAAGGAAACUAAAUCCUGCAUCAUUCAUUCCUUGUUCUAUAUGUCUGGGUGUUUAAGUCAUGAUGGGAAUGACCUCUGGGUUUUAUUGGCUAUGUUUCUAAAAGUGCACCUGCAUACAAAACAUUCUUUGAUAUAGAUUUGAUACCCACAGAACAGCUAACAUCUUACACCUCUUAAAUCAAGAUUAUAGAGAAAGGAAAAAUAAACACCUGUCAAUUUAAUCUUAAGGCAAAAGUACCACCUGAAAAUGGAAUUUGAGUUAUUUUAAUGCUUUUGGAUAAUUUGUUACAAAUGUCUGAGGGAAAUCAUUAACGGCUGAAAUCCAGACACACAGAAACCCUCUCCUCUAAUCAUAGAGCUUUUCCACUGACAGAGGAUGAGACGCUGACUCCACUGACUCACUGCAGAGUCAUGGAAAGGUCAGGCUCUCACAUCUACAUGAGCUGUUUGAGGAUAUGAACCAGAAAAUGUGCUCAUAUACACAGAAAAAAAUAUCAUCGUGGUUGCUGCAAGUGUCCAAAACUUCAGUGUCCCUUCUCUGUCAGCUGACCUGCUCUGAGGGUUUGUCUCCUGACAUUCAUGGCCAUCUGGUUUCUGGCGUUUUCUAUUUUAAGAACUCAAACUGGAUCAUUUCACAUCAUAUUUAUAAACCAAAACUGUUUCCAGGGUGGAUCAUUUUACCUGAUUUCAAGUAGAACAAAACAUUUAACAGGUCCAAACCAUAACUUCAGAAAACACCGAUGUCAUUUGGGGCGCUCGACUGACACUGUUUUAAAUCACAAGCAUGUACGUUCCUGUAUGAUGAUGCCCUUCAUGAACAAUUUAACAGCAG